ACCUGCACAAAUAUGACGAUUAAUAUGUGGACGUGCAUGACUUUACUCAAAAAACGCCGCCUCUGUUGACUAUGUUUGCCCCCCCCCCCUUUUUUUUCUCCUUCCGGGCUUUUUUCCUCUUUGAUAGUGAUCUUGGUGUACAUGUGUAUCCUCUUAUUUCAAUCUUUCCCUUUGUUCGUUCUUUCUUUAGCCUCACGUUGAGAUGUUUUGAGGUGUGAACGAGUUGAGUUGUAGAGGAGGGCGCUGUCCCACCACACCACACCACACAGCUCUGGGAUCGUUUACCCUUAUGGUGUUGGGGGCAGGAAUCAUUAAGCCGUGGACGUACGAGUAACCCACCCUACCCUCCCUAAAAAAAUGAGUGUCAAGAAUGCCGUGGCCCCGUAUGCUUUUCGAUAAUUUCGCCUCGCCCAGCGCUCCCUCGGGCCGAUCUUUCUACUGCCACCUCACGCUGUUAUAUUAAUCCCACUGCUUUGUACGGCAAAUCCCUCUUAAUCCCUUUCAUAUAGUCUUAGUGGGCUGUGCUUUCAGAGUCAUGAGCACGGCACAUUUCUCCGUGACGAGAACGAGCCGCUCUUUCUAUAACGAACGGACCGGCGCAAUUUUGUAAGAAAAACGGACCCCCCUUCUUUUUCUCGUUAUAUCUCCCCUCACUUCGCCCUCUGUGUUUUCGUCUUCCUUCUCCUGCUUUCGUCCCUCCUCGUCUUUUGUUUAGCUUUGAACCGAAGCCUCAUCGUCAGUCUCAGCUUUCUGUUUUGAUUGUGCUUGUUUUCUUUGAGACGUAUGCUCAUUAUACCUGUCAGCGCCGUGUUUAUGGGAAUUUCAAGUGUUGUUUUCUUGUGCUAAACAGGCGGAGCAAUCGAAGACCUAUUCCAUUGGCGUCACCCGGCCCUGCUCGGCCUAUUCUGUCGCCCGCUGUCGCUGUCAAGUUCCCCCCCAAUGGUGAUGUGAUUGAUAUCCACAGAUCAUUCCUGGCGUCCUCGUCGUCGUUUUCGUCGUCAGAGUCGAAUUGUACAUUGCCUGUCCUAACAACAGCCUUUGAAGGAAGGUGUUCCUGCUUGAAAAACUUCCCGGGCGCCAAAAUUGUUUUACAUUUGCAGCCUUCAACCGUCACUGCAGCAUCAGAGGGUAAUACGUGGACCUUGGCUCGGCGAUUCUCACUCAAACCCCUGAACUACUGAUGGUGAAUUGUGAUAUGAUUGUGAACGUUGACCCUCGCUGUACACUUAUUUGAAUUAAAGAUGAGACGUUUCAAGGCCGCAGUUGCUUUUGUUGUUAGCAGGCCGGAACCGAGUUGACAGCUGUUUCAGUCAGUGAUUCGGUUUUCUCGUACCGAUAGCUCUGGGCACUCUUGAACGAUAGCAGGGUGGCAGAGGGGUGGAUUGUGAAUUGGUCUGGAUGCGGAAAGCACGUGUCCUAAGUCUGAACCUCAAUUCUGAUGUGUUCAGUUGUUGUAAAUAUUUAUAAGAUAAUCCUUCUUGUAGCUGUCUGUGAAUUGACAGUCCUCAAACAAAAGUGACUGAAGACUAAGACCAGAUAAAUUCUCAAAGAGCAAAUGGUUUAACUUUGUAUUUCUAAGAAUUGGUUCGAGUGUCACUGAGCUGCAUCUGAAAUGAUUCGACUUGCCCAAGAGUGGAGUUACAACUGAGGUCUGUUAGACGACAUUCGCUCGAGACCACCUGGCCUUCGGCAACAACAGCUGUCUACCCAGUCUCCCCACCCAGAGAUGAGCGCUGUGCGGACGUACUCACCGGCCAGCUCCGCCGGAAGUUCCAGCACGGACAGCGCCUGCCUGCCACAGCACCGCAUCCAGUGCUCCAAACACAAGGUCGCAGUGGGCGGCCGGAGGUAUGACUCGGCCUCAGAGGCGCUGCAGGCCUACCUACAACAGUUCGAAGGCACCGUAAAUGGAGAAGUCGGCAACAAUGGGCAAGAGUCACCCACAAAGCUUUUCACUUCUCCUGUCAACACAAGUCCAGCUACCUCAGACAAAGGUGUCACAGGGCUCCUGUCCUCUACCUCGGCCCUGUCACCCCGGACAAAGCCACCGCCAGUCCCUGGCAAUCAAAAGGACAUGCCCCUGUCCACAGCCAAAAGUAUGGCGGCCUCGGGACUGCUGGUGGGGACCAACGGCCUCAAGGUUGCUGGAGCCAAGGAGGAUGUUGAGGAUUUGCUCACCUCCAAGGUGUCCCCCAAGCUCCAGGAAGAGGUCACGGAUACUCUGAGAGAGGUCAAGCUCAGACAUUUACUCAAACAAGCAGCACUAAAGUCUCAGAGCAAGGGCCAGACAGGACUGCAGCAGGAGGUUGAAGCUGCCCUAACUCGCUCAGCACAGUUGCUAGAGAGAGUGACCAGAGAAAACAUGGCAGCUGCUCGGAAAGGUAUCGAGAACGGUAGUGAGAUCAGCAGCACAGACAUUCCAACAGAAAUUCUUCUGAGUGACAGCAGCCUAUCCCUCAAUGGCUCUGAGCUGGAUGCUGAAGAGAAGCCAUCUCGACCGACCUAUUCUCCUCACAAGCCACGCCCCCCACGCCCAUCAAGUAACUCCUCUCUGUUAUCACAGUCUCUGUGUGCCCCUGUUUCUUACAGGACACCGCAUCAAUCGAGGGCUCGAACUCGCCGCCCUUCUAUAGACAGUCUACUGCCUCCACCAUCACAUAAUACGUCAUCAAGACUGAAGAGAUCUUCCAGUUCAAGUUCUGCUUCGUUGUCCAAUCAGUCAGACCCGACGGAUAUCCUGCGGCGAAUCAGGAGCCGCUCUGUGUCCCCGGGUCAGAGACAGAGGCUUGCUGCUGGCUCAGCACCAGACUGGGUGGAACAACUAGACUGCUCUGUGAAGAAAUCUGUGCCUAGCUGGGUGGGUGAGCUCAGUCCCUCGGAGGCCUCAGAAUCUCUGUGGGCACACGAAGUUUUAUUACAAAACAAAGACAACAAAAGACCCAAUGGUGUACCCAGCUGGAUUCAUGAAGUGGAAAAAUCUGAUAUCACUGUGGAUGAUGUUUCUAAUGUGACUGGAAAAUUUCGGUCACCUUCUGUGUUAAAAGUGACUCCCAAAACUAACAGGAAAAGAGACGGUUUGAACAUAGAUCAGUGUGACCAUGACGUCAGUCACUUGACCUCUGACUCUCGACCUGGGCUGAACUACUCAGAUUUAAUGACCAGCUUGCCCCAGACACCCAAUGGAGGUUCCAAACAUGUGACCUUCACCGAGAGUCUGAGAGAUCAAAACGACAGCAGCACAAGACAGCGACAGCAGCAACCACAUUCCUUACCUCUACCUGAAGGUCAAACCAGCACUCCGUUACACCCCUCCCUCUCUCGGCCAGCCGCGAGUAAAAUGUUUGACAGUGAUUUCAAUGGAGAGGCCUUCCUACGCAACAAUAUCCUGCCCCAGACGGCAAGAUUGAAAAAGUCUAUUGACAAUUUUGUGUCCUCAUCGGAGAACCUUCAACGCAAGCAUAAUUCUUCCAGCUCCUCUGAUACCGGCAGUGACUGCAAAAGUUUAGAUACCUUGGCCCUGCUGUCUGGCAAACCACUGUCCCGCGCAGAUAUCACUGGUGCUAGUUCCAUUCCCAAAGACAGUAACAUGGCAAGCAAGAGUUUUUCCACAUCCCCAACUGUCUCCCCGGUGAACCCAGCAGGAAGUCCAGUGAUGACUAAUGGCCAUGACCAAGACUCUUCUGAUGGGUUAGAUGGCGACAGGCCUUGGGAGCGAGUCACCAGCACGUUCAAAGCACCAGUGCCUGUGGAUGAUGCUGACUGCCUGGGAAAGUCCCUCUCUAAUCGUGCUUCUCCAGCUAAGGGAAUUGACAACACGUUGUCCGGUGGCAAACAGCCAGGCAGUAUGGAAGCGUUGAAGAACAUGCUCUUCAAGCUGCAAGCUGAGGAGACUUCCAAUCAGGAAGGGACAACUGUGCAGGACAAGGUGGCCCUGGAUCAGAGCCAGGAGAGUCAGUCAUCGGCCGGCAUGGCCAUGAUUCCAGCUCUGCAGGGAUAUGACUUCAAAAUGGAGCCAGGGGGACAUUCUUUAGAAAAGGCAUUGGUGCACUUGAAUCGACUGAAGAAACUAGUGAAGACAAACAGUGAGGAGCAAGGCGAUGGACAGGGCGCUCACUCGGACCAGAGCUCAUGACACACAGCUGCUCUCAGGGCAAGGGGAGACAGCGAGACGAGAUGUCUGUAAACAAGAAUGUUAGAGUAACUGUUUUGAAUGUAUACCUGUGUCCGGCUGUGGUUUAUAAGACUUCAUGACUUACUUGUACAGUUUCAGCAAAAGAUUUCUUAUUUCUGUUCUCUGUACUAAAUUUCAAUGUAGACUCUUUAAAGGCUUAAUAAUCUUUGUUGGUUGAAAGAUGUAAUUUAGACUAUUGACUCUUUAUAGAAGUAAAAUUGUCAUUAACUUUCCUCAUAGUAGAAAAGUGGAGACAACAUUGAAUUUGCUGUUUGGAGAUUGUUUUGGUCUGUGUAAACCUGUGUGCUUAGUAUUGCGUGAAUAGCUCUUAACAAUGACUGGGUGAGUAGUAAGGAUAGCUGGGUUGAUUUCACAGUCUAAUUUCUUGGCCUUUAAAGGCACUCAUUAGUCAUGCAGAUAAAAACAUAGUAUUCCCUCAGUCAGAUUUUCAUUUUUGUCCCAGGAGAUUCACUGUGAUCCUAAUCUUGAAAUGAUGCUUAACCCCAAGGCCCCAAGUGCAGUGUAUACAUUUAGGCACCUUGCUUAACUGGGUACUAAGUGUGCCCCUCAGGGAGUUUUUGUUAUUGAGGUCACAGAAUUGAGCUUCAGACUUUGAUAGCACGUGGUAUAAACGUCAUUCUAUAGACAGCAGCCUCUAUUAACGUAGUUUGGUCACUGUUUGAGUGAGAAUUUUCAACAUGAAACUGACUGACUGUUUCUGAACCAUGAUCCUCUGGAGAAUCAGACAAAAACCAACACUUUUUUUUGACAACUGAUCAAGUGAUGGAUCAGCUAUGUAAUUGAGAUGAUGAUGAGGCUAGUUUCCUUAAAUAUGGCGUCAGUGACUGGGAAAGCAAGUUCAGUGGUUUAAAAAAGUAGCAGUACGAAAAGUUGCAGGUCCAAACCUGAUAUUCAUAGAGGCAUAGGGCAGGUAGGCAUAGCAAGCCAAGUGUUAAAGAGUGUGUAUGCGGCUGGGAAUGUCUAUGGUUUAGACUAGUAAUACUAACAGGCUGGUCUAAGAAUUUUUUAUGAAGAUUUUUGGAUAGGUUUCAAAGUGAUGUUGCCUUCCCAUUUUGCUGCUGCCUUUGCCAUUUAAAAUGUUUUUGCAAAUGGGUUUAUAAUGAGAGAGGAAGAUGCUACUGUUUUAGGUUCAGGAACCCAGGAGCAGGGGUCUGUAACUGUAAAAGUGUUAGUAGGCUCAAGAGGUGAAGUUUCUAAGAGUUUUAAAAGUACACCAUGUUGCUCUAUCAAGUUAUGUGGAUUGCCUGUAAAAUCAAAUGUAUAGUGAUUUCAACCAAUGUUUGGUUGAUUUUUGGAACGCACAAAUAUCAUAGGCCUGAAAUAAUAUCAUAAAUUAUCAAUGUAAAUAGAGACUUGGGGAAGGGUUUCCCCCAUUGCACACCCAUAAAGCAGUUCCUUUUCAAGCAGUAAGAUAAAUGUAAACCACUAAGGAAGGACAAUUUUGUGUGAGCCCCUUUUUUUUCUCUCAUUAUUUGUGUGGAUGCCUGAGAAACGGGAAAAGUCAAGUUUCGGGCUAGAGGUCUACAAAGGUGUAAAAAUGACCACAGGUCAGAAAUGUAGUUCUUUCUAGCAGAGAAUCAAAGAGUAACUAUUCCUAAAUCAUGUUCUCAAAGAAUUUAGCUCAGUUUUAUUUGUAAUUAGUAUAAAAAUGUGGUUAUUUAAGGAGGGUCUAGAAAGAAAAUCUGGAGAUUAAAAAAUGGCUCAAAUGGACCUAUUUUUGAGUGACCUUUUUUGACACAGUCUGGUAGGUUUUAUUUCUACAAAAUCCCUAGCAAGCUGUAUUUGAACAUUCUGAGCGCCUUCUAGUUUACACCAAAAAUUGUUGUAUGUUUUAAUAGAGCUGUUUACAUUCCAGCAGCACUACUUGCGGCUAUGCUUAUCAAGGGUAGGCCAAGCAUGGUAUCAGGUCAGCGUCAAGUUUGACCUUGCUUCCCAGGAUGGGUCUUUUACUCAGGCAUACACACAUUUAGUUACGCCUACUGUUUUAUUGUCUCUAAUUGCUAAAAUUUAUUACUUUGAAAGUAAGAUUUAUUACCUUCCUCUUGCUUUGAUGUUGUAUGUACUGGACCAGUUUAGAGUGAGUACACCAAAGCUGUAAAAUAUAUUUAUCUAUACUCUGUAGUUCUCCUGGUACCUCAUGGAUAUUAAACUCUUGAACACCA